UUGACAAUGUGGGAGACAAACUUGGGGACGGUGAGACGUUUGGCCAGUGCACACCUUCAUCCUUGGGAAAUACCUGCAACAAACAACUGGGGGAAAUGUAAGAAAAUGGGGAAAUUGAAUUUAAAAAAAAAUAUAAGAGCAACUGAAAAUGGGUUGCUUCCUGCAAGACACUUCCUGCUUUCUUAAUUUAUAAAAAAAAAUAAGAGAAGUCACAGAGAGAGGGAGACAGGGACAGAGAGCUGGCCAGCGCUUUGGGUCCGGGCUUUGUUCGCAGCUGCUGCUCACGCGCUUUAUUGCGCGUUCCCGGGACUGGAGCCGCUAACGGGAGUGGGCGGGCGGGCGGUCGGUCACGGAGCUCCGGGCGGAGGCAAGCGGCAAGAGCGAUGGCCGAGAGGAGGAGGGCGAGAGACGGCCUGGUCUAGACUAACGGGUCAGAGUGACAGUCAAGGCAGCGGGUGAGAUGGUCGGCGCGGCGGUGGCGGCCGUGGUGCCCGCGCCCCAGUAAGGCGGGCGGGGCGGCUGUCGGUGGAUCAACCGGUCGGAGCCCGCGGCCUCUCGAUCCCCUCCUCCCCGGUGUUUAUGCUGAAGCCUGUGGAGAUGGGAGGGAAGCAGAGCACGGCGGCCCGCUCCAGGACCACUUUCCCCGGCGUGUCGACGGACGACAGCGCCGUGCACGCCGCUCACUACGGCCACUACCGGAGCGGCGUCAACGCCAUGGGGCUGAGGACUCGCUCGGUGAGCAGCGUGGCCGGCAUGGAGCCGGCUCAUCCCUUCGGGCUGUACGGCGGCGGAGCGCGCUCGGGAGGUGGCGGCGGCGGCGGCGGUCGAGCGGGAGACGGAGGCGAGCAAGGAAGCGGUACCGGAGGAGGAGGAGGAGGCGGCGGCGUCGUGCCCGGCGCUGGGCCCGAGUCGGCGGGCAACGGUUACCAGGAGACGGGAGGACCGGGCGCCCGCGAGCUGCAGCUGUACCUGGGCUCGCGCGCGGCAGCCGCGCUCUCCGACUCGCUGCCGCUGCACCUGGCGCCGCGCUGGUUCAGCGCGCACAGCGGUUUCAAGUGCCCAAUUUGUUCAAAAUCUGUAGCUUCCGACGAGAUGGAGAUGCACUUUAUAAUGUGUCUCAGCAAACCACGACUCUCCUAUAAUGAUGAUGUGCUGAGUAAAGAUGCUGGGGAAUGUGUAAUCUGUUUGGAGGAGCUUCUGCAAGGAGACACAAUAGCCCGGCUUCCUUGUCUGUGUAUCUACCAUAAAAGCUGUAUAGACUCGUGGUUUGAAGUGAACAGAUCAUGCCCAGAGCACCCUUCCGACUGACCUCUCCUGGCCUGCAGCUGCUUACAGCCUUCUGUUAAAGAGCGCUUUGCUCACUUUGGCUAAACCUUUACCUGGAGGUUAAGAAUCUGAAAUGGUCGGUUUACCCCAAAACUGAAAAUUCCAGCACCGGUUUUGCACAGCAGAAAGAAAAAGCAACAAACCAAAUUUCUGCAUCCCAAACCAGGAUAAAGGAGGAAGUAUGUGAAGGUCAACGGGCAGUGGAAUGAUCAUGUCAGCCCUAGAAUAAUGUAACGGCUGUCAACUGAUUCAAUUAAUGAAAUGCCUAUAUGGAAUAAAAAGAGGAAAAGGACUAGCCAAACAGAGCAUGAUUGCUUUUUGGAUUUGAGAGUGCUGUGCAAAAGACAGGUCUCUGGGAUAUUACUCCAAGGAGGCAACCACAACAGGGUUACAGUAGCAAAGGAGAGUGGAAUUUCACAUGUGUUGACCAAGUUCUGAAAAUGCCAGAAUGUAAAGCAUUGAGUGUCUGUGGGCUUGUAGUUGUGUCCAUGAUGUGUUUACACAGUGUCCAGUGUAGUCAGCGUGUUCUUGCUGAUGUGUGUACAGGCACAAGCACUCUCCCGAUUUCCUUCCAUCCCACUUUGUGACAGAUGAUGCCAAAAUUUAUCAAAAAACAGACCUCGCUAUUGUUCUGCAAGGAUUUCUUCCUUGUCAACGGUUUUCCGCCAGAAAGUCUCUGCACUAAUAUUUGAACAUGGACUCUGUCUUCUUGAGCUCUGCAACUUUGUGCUACAGAACGGCACAUUCAUUCUUAAACAGUUGAAAUCUUUUCCUCCCCAAAGCCCUUAUGGAAAUUUUAUGGCUUCAGUUUCCACCAGAGAUAAGUGAAUCUCUCCUGCUGUUAAAGAUAUCAAUUUUACUUCAGCUUGAAAUGUAGCCUGAAUAUUCAGGCCAGUGUAUUAAUAACAGCCUGGGAAAGAUGCUCUCUUUGUUUGUUGAGGUGUUUUGAUAUGGUGUACCAUCACGAUGUUCAAUAAACUAUUGAAUUAGCAUUUACAUUAACUUAUGUUAGACAAAACUUAAACUGAAUAAAGAGUUCCCUUUCCUGAUCUUAUUUUGCCACAAACAACUUCACACGUGAACUAAAUAGCAUGGCAUAAUUUUUUUUUUACUACUUUGGUUGAAUAGGCUUCAAGUAAGUCUCAGGAAAUGCAAUGGACCUGCACGUGACCCAGAUAUGGGUAGUUCUCCACUUUCUUUAGGGACUACAGUGACAUUGAACAGCCAUGUUAUAGCAACAAGGGCUCUGAGUGUUUGAUCAGAGCUGUGGAGUGUUGCUGCUACCCGGCAAUGUGUUUACAAGGUUUUGCAAGUUGACAGGAGUAACUGAGACCAGGACUCAUGAUCCCGUGCUCUGUGAUCCUGUAGAGCUCCCGAGCAGAGCCAGUCCGCUGACCUCGACAAACCUAAACUUGCUAGGUAGAGCCAACCAUUUUAUCAGGGAGUUGACCCUUGCUGCAGCAUUUACUAAUAAACGAAAUGGUAUUUUGUUUUCCAAAAACUAGUGUUUAUUGUUGAUGAACCCUCAGACAAACAGAUCAGUGAUUAAGUUUUUCAAGAAAGAAAGCAAAUUGGAUUUGUAGACUGAAUAUUUAGAAGGAAAAUGAGGACCAUUCACACCAGCAUUUCUAUUAAAAAUUGUGGUUGCCAGCUGAUUCUGGAAUCACAAUAUGAAAUUGCACUAGUAUUCAAAAAAAACAUUUGAGACUAUGCUGCUAGCAGUUUGGGGUACUUUCAGUCACUGCAUGACAAGCAGAAAGUUUGAGUGUGAGAUACAUUGCUGCAAGAAAUGUGUGCUUUUCCUAGAAAUGUGAGUAGAUCUAGCACUUCCUGGAACUCUGUACAGUCAUUGUGAAAUUAAUGUUUUGAUGUGGUGGGUUACGGGCUUUCCCAUAUGUACAGCGAUUGACUUGCAUAGCAGGAUGGUAUUGCUGCUUUUUUUAACGUGUGUUUUGUUCUAUCCUCUGCUUUUACAUUACGUAAUGGUUUCACUGUGUUUUCUGUUUAUUUGAAUGAGUUAACCAGAUGUCACACUGGUGAAGUCUCCGUAAAGGGCGCGUUUACCCAUAUGAAGAUGUUCAGAGAGCCAGUGAAACAGGAACUUUUCUUUUAUAAUAAAGCUUUGAUUUAAAGAUGUUGCACAAUACACAGCACAUUUAUAAUGACUUAAAGUAAUGCACUUUUUGUUUAUCGUGUAUUAUAUUUUAUUUUAGUUUACUGGAUGCUUUUGCACUGCUUUUAAUCUGAUACAGAUUCUCACCUAGGUUGUCCUGUUUUUCAAGGUGAUCGUUGUGAAACGUAAAUCUAAAUCUAUAUGCUUAAUUUUGAAUGCUUUGUGUAAUUAUUAUUACUCUGAUUUAUGCAAUUGCGGUGCCUUGAGUUUAACCAUUUUUGGUGCUCUCAUUGAGCCUAUUCAUUUUCAGCCUUUUCUAAAUAUUAAUUAUGGCCUGUCUUUAAUAUUUUUGUUGGACACGAGGGAGAUUGGUUAUUCCCAGUGUAUUUGACCCGACUAAAAUAUUCUCUUUUAAAUCUCACGAAUAUCACAUCUCAAUUCAAAAAUUGAGAAUUCUCACUUUAAAUGUGAGAAGGAAAUAAUGAAGCAAAAAGUCUAAAAUGGCAUCAGUUCUCUUUCUUCUCUACCCACAAAACUUCUUUGCAGUUUAUCCUCUGCAGCUGUAUUUUUGACAUUUGACAAAUGUGUAAGAGCUGAGCCCUUAUUUCAGCAGUGCACUGUGGUUUGUUGCACUGUCUGAGUCUAACUGCACUAGGUUUAGCAUUAAACUAUUUCCGUCAUCUACGAGUACAGUUGAGGAGCCCAGUUAAAUAGAAAUUAUGAAAUCAAGUCAAUUGGUUUAAUGUUAAACAUCCCUAUGUAAACAUUACACAUAUGCUUUUAAAAGGAAUUAAAAAGAGAAUACAUUGAAAAUACCUAGGCCCUGUAAUAUUUUGAAACAUAUGUUGCAAUCCUCCUCAGAAAUUGUGGGUUGGUAAAUGAUUACAAUAUAAAAAAAUGAAUCUAAAAUCCCACAAAUGUUUCUACCAAUAGUUUUUAAUAUAAUUUUUAUGAAAGGCUAUAUACAAGGAGCAGUACCACAGAAUGUGGGACAGAGUUGGUCAUUUCUCGCAUGAUGCCCUUGGUGGUUUUUGCUAAGCCAGGACUGAUCACUUCCCCUCAGAUGGGAAGUGUAGUUCAACAGGUACGCCACCACAGGCCACAUUGAUUCAGAGGGCUUAUCAGCUGCUCUGGUAGAGAGGUUUGGAGUUAAGCCAACUUUUGGCAGCCUCAAAUGAUGGAAGGUGAAGUGAGAAGAUAAAACAGCUACCGUGGGGGAAAAUUAUGCUCUAUUUAAAUAAGUAAAAUGCUUUGCUGACAUUAUGCUAAUUUACCAAUAAAUAAUUUUACAUGUAUUAUAUUUGCCUCGCAAUGAAUUAUAGGUUGAAGAUGAAUUUUGUGAUCUCAUCUUUGGUUUUAAAAUUGAAGAAAUUAAAUUGUUGGCAUGCAAAAAAAUAAGUAUCUGAUUACCAUGUUAACAUCUCUCAAGGGUAGUUUAAGCUUGUGUGAUUAAAAAUACACUCAUCAAGUGUCAUCAUCUCUAAUUGACCACUGGGUGUCCACUUACAAAUAACACUGUCCCACAUAUACUAUCUGGACACCAGCUUUAAAAAAAGUGAGCAACAAAAUGUCACUUUAGCACCAAGCCACUUAUAAAUGUUACAUAGCUAAAGAUUUAUAUUCAUUUUUGACAUAUCCAAUUUUAUUAUUGUACUGAACAAUCACCAAUAGCAAGUGCCAUGAAUUAGAUGAAAGUAUCCUGCCGCUUAAUGUAUCCACUUUUGCUCCACAUCCCUUGCCUAACAACUUUAUCUUUCUGCAAGUUUUGAUUGGGUUGAGUGAGGUAGAGGGAAGGCAGGGUAAAUUUGCUCACUAUAGUUCCAGACUGCAGUUCCAGUUCUUCACACAUUUCCAAAUAGCUUGAUUCUAAAUUUUGAGAUAUUGUAAAAUUCUAAUUGGUCUUGAGUCCUCCACUAUUAGGUAUGAAACGAGCAAGACUAAGCUGUGAUCUAAGUGAGGUAAAACAAUGUCCGAUGCUCUAGGGAAUACAUAUCAAGUUUAUGCAAUUCAAAUUGAAUCCCCUAAAUCUAGUCUCAUUUUCAUUCAUCAGCAUUGCACUCCUUCUGAGAUGAUUAAAUUCUUCCUGAAAAGGGUGCAAAUAUUAACACUGUAUCCCAGCUGUACACAAAUAUAUAUGUUCACAUUUUAUAAUCCAGCCCUUUCUCCCAUCUCACAGUUAACUGGAAUAAUAUUUAAUAAAAUUCAUCUACUUGGACUCCCAAAUCAAUAUUACACCAUUGUUUAAGGUGUAGAAGAUUCUGCAGUUCAUCUUUCUUAGCUUUUUAAGUGGAUGAUCUGCCAAUUGUCCAAUUGUAAAUUCUGUUUACUGUAGUUAUACCUUACACUUAAACAAUCUAUGAUCAUUUUGACCUUCUGCUCUUCUUGCUGCUUAGCGGAGUUUAGUGUCAUCCAGAUAAUUGCUUUAUUUAAUCUGAAUCAUUAAAGUAAUAAUGGGAAAUUGGGACCCCUGAACAAAUCCCACGCAGUGAAUCGGCCUUUAAGAAUGGAAUAGGGUAUCACAUGUUACAUCGGUUAAUCAGUUUACUACCUUUAAUCCCUUCUCCCUCUUGACCAAUUUCCAAGCCAAGUUAAAGGCUCAUAUAUUCAGCCGGUCUAUCCUGAUGACUGUUUUGAGUAGCUGCCACACAGCUGAUGAUAAACAGUCAGGCAGGCAGGCAGGCCUGCAAUCUCUGCUACAGUAUAUUUAACAGUUCCAAAUCUAUGGUUCCAAUGGCACCAUUGCUAAUGCAUGAAAAGUUUGAAAGUUUUUGACUGAUAUCUCCAUCAUUUUCUCACUUCAUGGGUUGAAAGCCACUAGAUCCUGGAGAUUUAUCUAUUCCUGUCUUGUUAUUUGCCUCUUUCUCACAUUCAUUUAUUUUUAGUUUCCUUCCAAAGUACCGCUGUAUUUAAGUCUUCCUUUACUGUGAAAUCAAAUGCCAACCACUCAUUCAAUCACCAUGUCUCUCUAUUGUGAUAUCUAUGACAAUAUCCUGGCAUAGUUAGAAAUUCUUAGUUUUCAUUAUUAAUAGCAUUAAUUAGUUGAAAGUUUUUUUUUCUUUACGGUUCGUAGCGUUUAGUUGUAAAUGCUUCAGCAAUUUAAUUAAUAUUUUCCACAAUGUAACAGUGGAAUUACACAGAUGAAGCAGCCUCUGCCUCUUUAUUUCCCUCAUUCUCCACAGUAAAAUGUACUUGGCUUUCAGAUGUUGAGCCCAGUAAAGAAAACAUCUAACUUGCUUUAUUCUUUAACAAGAGCAUUAUACGCAAUCAAAAAGCUUGAUGGCGAACAGUGAGCGUACAUGGGAGUUUGUCAUAAAUCCUAGUCAUCCUUGUGAACGCACAUGUUGCCCCACUAAAUAUUAUCUGGUCAGAUGCAUGUAGGGGAGCCGGGGAAGGGGGAAAGUAGAUGUGUUAUAAAGCUUAACCAAGCAGAAUCACAAAAUGAAUUACAAAUGGCGUGUAUUCUGCUUCCCUUGCUGUACAAUCAUUCUGUGUGACUCGGGUGUUGCCUUAUUCAAAGAGUUGUCUUUAUGUCUUUGUGUAAAGAUGACGCUGAUGUAGCCAGAUCGGUGGAAGUGACCCAAGGUGAUUGCAUCUGAUAAUGUAAACCCUAGCUUUCUUUUUCAGACUAAUGCAUACAUUUAAAAUAUGGCAUGGAUCCUUGGACUUUAAAGCAGUAUUUGAAAAGAAUAGCAGCACAUCUAAACAAAAGCAGACUUUUCAAAGGUGAAAUACUGUAUAGAUGUGUGUCAUUAAUUUUCGAGUCAAUUUUUUUUUUAAGGACUUGAAUAUAAUGGGAUAAUCUUUCAGCUGUCCUAGUGUAUUUUACACUGCACUGUAAGCAGGCUUUCACCAGGUUCCAGUGAGAACGGAUGGGAUUUGUACGUAAUGCAGUUUCUUGAAAAAUGUUAAAUGUUUACAGGCAUAUGCUUUUUAUAUUUACUGAGUAGAAGUUGAUCCGAAAUUAACACCAAAAAAAUGAACUUCAUUUUAAACAAACAAUAUCCUGUAUGUUGAUGUAUAGUAUGUAUUUCGGAAUUAUGGAAAAUAAAAUCUACACAUUCCCACA